AUGACUUCAAUCUUUGGAGUCCGCCCGCGCAACGACACCGCAGCUCGAUGGGAAUCUGAACCCAAUGCACGUGGGACAUGGGCCAUCCUCUCAUCUUCUUUAAUAACACUCGCCCUUUGUGUAUGGACCGCCGUGCAUCUCAACCUGCCGGGCCACGGGAAGUCGAACUAUACUGAAAAGUAUCGGAGCUUGGGGUUCUUGGUUCAAAGAUGGCCUAAGUUGUCGUGGCUGGUAUUGUGGUGGAGGAAAGCAGCCUGGCUGGUCCUUGGGAUUUUUGCUCCGGAAGUGGUCAUAUUCGCUGCAUUAGGCCAAUGGACUGAAGCCCAUCGCCUGACGAGGAUAAUCUGCAAAGCAUAUCAGCAAGACCGGUCUGUCUCAUGGAUAAGGAGGAUGUUUCGGAGGCUACGGCGGCGCUGGAAGAAAACCGACCUAGAAGCCGGGAUUGAACGGUCCCGGAGACGGUCGCGCAGACUCCAUCAAUGGACUAAGAUGCAUAGCUUCCUUGUCGUGAUGGGCGGUGUCGUAUUUGACACAGGGGAGAUGGAUUUCCUGCCGGCCCAUAGAACUCGACUGACAAUUCUACCGAGAGGGAUCAUGACAUUGGCUGAACAUGCUCCCCAUCUGAUUCCCGACAUUUCAGGCGAGGAGAUCAAAGACAAGAGCAAGGCGGAUGGAGUCACCAAGGCACUCAUGUGCAUUCAGGCCUUUUGGUUCUGCGUGCAGACAUUUGCGAGAAUCAACAAGGGGAUCUACAUUAGCCUUCUGGAAUGGAAUACCCUUGUCCACGCGGUGUGCGCACUGAUCAUGUACGGGAUAUGGUGGCACAAGCCGCUGGAUGUGUCUGAGCCGUUGGUUAUCAGCGGCCCCCAAGCCAUGGAGCUAUGCGCAGCGAUGUGUACCAUGUCCAACAUAGAUGGGUGUCUUGGUCCCUUUCUAGACCAGUCUGGACUAGCGAUGGAAAGAGGAGAUCUAAGAAUGGACUGCUCCCAAUCCAGCCCCAAAACGCAACUCGCUACAGCCCUCCUCGACAACGGCGCUUCUACGGACCAUACACGCUGGGAACUCACAAAAGCCGCAUGUUUGAAGGCGAAGACAGAGAACUGGCAGCCGGAAUAUGGAUCAAAUCAUCAGUUAUCGCAAUUAGCACGCGGCUUCUUGUGUCUUCGAUCCUCUCGCGAGUUCACCGCCGAUAAAUUGGAUUAUGAAGGCGUCGCAGACAGAUGCCAAAACUGGGGCGGGACGCUACGCUGGCUGGUAAAAGGCAGACAACCUAUUUCCGGCGCCCUAGGCUCGCCAUAUUAUCAUCAGACCUGGCAUCCCGUUUGGGUUUGGGCUUGGCUAUCUUUCGGCUUUUCGGGAAUUAUCUAUGGAUCUCUGCAUCUCCUCGCAUGGGACGCCCCCUUUCACUCGGCUGCAGAGAAAACACUCUGGCAUAUGUGCAGCCUGGUAAUAACCUGCUACACGGCCUGGAAGCGAUUCGUCGUUCCCAUGUUUUUCACGCUUUAUAUCUUUAGUCGCUUAUUUCUGGUUGUGGAAUGCUUUGUUAACCUUGCGUUUCUUCCAAGAGAGGUCUACGAGACGUUACAGUGGGCCGAGUACAUUCCUCAUAUUUCAUGA